AUGGCUGGCGCACGUUUGGAGAAGGUCACCAUGCAGGAGCAUAUGGCCAUCAACGUGAGCCCAGGCCCCAUCCGCCCCAUCCGCCAGAUCUCCGACUACUUCCCCCAUUUCUACCCCUUCGCUCCUGCCCUUCUCCGUCCCCGGCCAGCCCCCCUGCCUGCACUUCCCAACGGUCCAGCCCCAGAAACAGCCUUGGGUAGCCCAAUGGAGGAAAAUGGAACCCCAACAGCAAAGCCUGGAGGCUCUCAGCUUCCCCAGUGCCUGGAGGAGGAGCAGGAUGGAGACUCAGAUGAGACCACUGCUCUGGGCUCCCUUGAAUUCACCCUCCUCUUGGACCAGCAAAACUGUGUCCUGCACUGCACAAUCCAUCGGGCCAAGGGUCUGAAGCCCUUGGACUCAGGCUCCAUCGAUACCUUCGUGAAGGCAAAUCUGUUGCCAGGAACGAGCAAGGCAAGCCAGCUGCGGACCCGAACGGUGCGGGGCAGCCGGGGGCCGCGCUGGGAUGAGACACUUACCUACCACGGCUUCACCUGCCAGGAUGCCGGACGCAAGUCUCUUCGGCUGUGUGUGUGUGAGGAGUCCCGCCUGCGGAGGCGGGCAGAGCCCCUGGGUGAGCUCCGAGUGCCCCUGAAGAAGCUGGUGCCCAACCUGACCCGAAGCUUCAACAUCUGCCUGGAGAAGAGGCGCUUGACCAAGAGGCCCAGCAGCCUGGACACUGCCCGGGGCAUGUCCCUAUAUGAGGAGGAGGUGGAAGAGACUGGAGAGGAGCGGGGCCGGAUUCUGCUGUCGCUGUGCUACAGCUCCCAGCGGGGGGGCUUGCUGGUCGGGGUCUUACGCUGCGCCCACCUUGCCCCCAUGGACGCCAAUGGGUAUUCGGACCCCUUUGUGCGCAUUUUCCUCCGACCAAACACGGGUAAGAAGUCCAAAUACAAGACGACCGUCCGGAAGAAGACCCUGAACCCCGAGUUCAAUGAGGAAUUCUUCUACGCGGGCCAGAGGGAGGAGCUCGCCCAGAAGACCCUGCUGGUGUCCGUGUGGGACUAUGACCUGGGCACGGCCAACGACUUCAUUGGCGGGCUGCAGCUGAGCAUCAACUCUACCGGGGAGAAGCUUCGGCACUGGAGCGAGUGCCUGGCCCGCAGCGACCGACGCCUGGAACUGUGGCACCCGCUGGACGGAGCCCCUCCCCAGCUUGGCGACUAG